AUGGCAACGAAGGAACAGGCCCCCUCGUAUAUCAGGGUUGCCUGUAUUGGCGCUGGACUGGCUGGAAUUGCUCUCGGGGUGCAAUUGAAACGCUGGUAUAACCUCGACGACAUUCAGUUAUUCGAGCGCAAUGAUGACCUGGGUGGAACUUAG